ACAACCAUCCGCUAUGCGGCGCCCGAUCAAAAAAGCUUGUGAUGAAUGUAUCGCGCGAAAAGUCAAAUGCAGUGGUACUUGGCCCUGCGAUGCCUGUCGUCAGAGUUCUAGGCGCGUGGAUUGCACCUUUCUCAAGCCCGUGGGGCGAAGGGGGCCCAAGGUGCGGCGGUUGGAGGGGCGGGCAAGAUCUGUGGUUGUUCUUGUAGGAACAGGACUGAUAAGCUCUGAUCAGGAUGCUGCGGAGAGCUGCAAUUCUGUGUUGUCGAUGGGUUUAGAUUCUGUUGCGUGGGUAGAUUGUGCUACGGGACAAUUGGCAGCUCGAGACGGUCCCGUUCACAGAAACCAUACUGCAGCUCCCUCGGCAGCUGUAGACACGGCUUUCUACGAAAACCACACUUCAAUUCCCUUGGCAGUCCUGUCACAUAUCGUCCACUUAUACCAGCAAUCAUCAUAUAGCGUCUGGCCGAUCAUCAAUGCCCCUGCUCUCCUACAAAAGCUCGAGUCCAUCCCGGACGUGGACAUCCUCCGUCUAGCCAUGGCUCUCUCGGCAGCUACCAUGGCUCAAUUGCAACUGCCCCCCCUGCUCUUCGGCGAUGUAGCCAUGGAUUGCACGACCAUGGCAGCAGAAUGCAUGAAGCUGCGGGACGCAAACCCAUCACGCGAGCGUCUCGAUCUGCGAAGUAUCCUCGUCUCGUUCUUUCUACAUGUAUAUCACGCCAAGAGGAACCGACGCAAAUCGGCCAUGGGCUUCAUACAGCAAGCCAUCUCCGGGGCCGAGCGCCUUGGUUUGAAUGCCGUAAGCGUGACUGAGCAGGUCAUGACCUUCGAUGAAGUCAUCGCCAACAAGGAGGUUUUGUUUCUCCUGCUCUGGAUCUCAGAAAGGGGGUAUGCUAUGCAUCUGGGCCUCCAACCGUCCUAUACAUGUCCGAUCGUAAAGCCAGACUUUCAUAGUUGCAGUCCAGAAGUGCAGGGCUUACUUGAGCUAGGUCAACUCUUUGCAACUUUUGACAUGAUCUCCACGCGGCAUAGAGAUGCAACCACUGUAACUUUUGCGGGGAGUCUGGCAGCGACGGAGGCGGCACUGUCAGGACUAUCUCUCAGUCAACAGAAUGGACCGACAACGCGUGUGGCAGACUACUGCAUCACGAAAGAAUGGAUGCGCACGAUUAUUUGGCAGAAAGCACUGUCUCAGCGUCUGCUCUCCUCAACCUCCUGUGUCGACCUCAUGACAUUCCGCUUUCCCGCCGUUGUUGGCCGUGCUCUGCUAUGCUCCCUGCAGGGGUUUUCCGAGUCGGACUUGCUCCCGCUGGGACGUGAUCAGGUAAGUCUGUUUCGUGCAUAA